GGCCGUUCCUGUCAUUUUAAAUUUGAGUUCAACUAUAUAUAAUUGUAUUUACAAAAGCUUAUGUAGAUUUAACACGGUUUUUUUCAAUGAAUUAUGUCUAUACACGUUACUGUGAGCGGAAACCCUGUAAAUAUACGCCGUGGGAGAAUGGUACUGUCGGAUUUAGAUCAAAUCAAGAAGAAUGAACGUGAUCGUCGACGGAGGUUACGUCUAGAACAGGUUCGACAGCAGUCAAAGGAAAUAUCAAACCGAUUGUUAGAACGUGCUAAAAAGAUAGCAAAGGAAGAGCUUAGCAAAUUAGAAAAAGAUGGGAAGUCAGAACUUAAGCAGAUGCACGAUAGAAAGAUUAUGGAAAUACAACAGAAAUAUCAAGAAGAUUUAGAAGAUAUUGGUCAAGCUCAUACCUCUGCUGCUUUGCAACCGGAUGUUGAUGCGAUAAUAGAAGAAGAGAGAAGGAAAGACAGAGCUGUGGCCUUAAAAAGAGGAAAGGAUGCCGCAGAAUGUUUAAAAGAAGCAAAACAGAAAGAUAGUGCAGAAACCACCCAUCAAGAAAGAUUGCGUAAAGUACGAGAAGUGGAAAAUAUGAGAGCUGCGUUGAUAGCUAAACUUCCUAAACCAACAUCGCCUCAGAGAAGCAACACAACAGAAAUAAAUUCUUCUCAAGAAGAUUCCAAUGAAGAAAUUGUUCAUAAAACAUUAACUCCAGAAAAAAAAAAUAAAAAUGUUUCAAAAAAGUCACCCAGAAGAACGAAGAAAUCAAAUGUAAAAGAGUACCAAAAAACACUAUCACCUAAACCAGGCCCUUCAGGAUUACAAAAGCAAGUUGCUGCGCAACUUAAUAAAACUCCAAAAAAGAAAGACAAAGUUGAUCGUAUUGAACAUAUCAUUGAUAAUACAGCUGAUGAACAAUUGCCACGAAGAACAAUACCAAUUAAAACACCGAUUAAGGCUGACAAAGUAGGGAGAUAUAAUCCAGAAGAUUAUACACAGGAUACAUCAGAUAAUAUAAGCAGUAUUAGUAGUAGUAGUUCUAGUUCAAUUAGCGAUGACUCGUCGUACUUUUCUGAUGCUGCAGAGCAAAUUACAUUUAAAAGAACUCCAACAACAGCUUUGCCAAAGAGCAAAGUACGAUUAUACGACCACAAUCUGCGUCAAAGAAACGUUUACGACGCGCCUCUUGGUAUAGUUGAAAGAAUUGACAUUGGAAAUGAGCCAAAUGCGAUAGAAGUAGCACAGACAGUGAAAAACGCAGAGAAUAUAAAGACACAUAUGUGCAAGGGUCGUAAAUUAGCUGCACAGCGUCGUGGUGAAGAUGCUCUUUUGCGGGAAAAAGUACGGAGAGAUUAUCAGACACUUAUGCGAAAUCUAAAUCAUCUUGCGCAGGAAGAACGUAAACUGAAAGCUAGUCAAAUUCCAUCCAAUGCAGACGAAGAUACGCAGAUGCGAUUAUGCCAGAGAAAGAAAUGCCAAGAAGAACAUCAAAAGAGAUUGAAUCGUGCAGCUAAAAAAGUUUUGGAUACAGAACGUAUACCAAGCCAAUACUCUCAUCUGACGGAAAGAGUGAUUACUUUACCAACGCAGAGGAAAGAUAGGACAUGCAAUGUACCUCAUUCCACAUGGGAAGACCCCCAUCUUCAAGAGGAAACAGAUAUUUGUCAUACACAAGAGGAUAAAGAUAGCGAAAUGUCGCGUGAAGAGCAAAUAUUGGAUAUGCUGAAAAAAGUCGAGAGACAAAAGAGAUUGCUGCUGCAAGAGUUUGGUGCAAGCUUGCCAGAUGAUAUAUUUAAUGCCAGUGUAAAGUCACUGUUUGAGGACAGAAGACCAGCUGAAACACCACAAGCUGCAGAUACUGCCAAGCCUUUAUCACCUGAGAUUAAAGUCAUAAAUAUGUCCGGUAGUGACGAGUCUGUGAAAAAGGAUCGCAAAACGAAGAAACGAGAUAAAUCGCCCGUGAAAAAGAUUGAGAUUGCUGUACAGGCAGCACUGGACAAAACUAGUCCAGCGGAGAAUAAGAGUGUACAAGUAGAAUUACCUCAAGGAAAUACAGAUAUGCCACAUUCCACUACAGACACAACUUCACAGAUACCUCAUCCAAUUGAACCAAAAAUUACUAUCAUUACGCCAGAGACAGAUAACAGUAGUAAUGAUUCAUCGAGUUCUGAGAUGAGUGGGAUGAUUAUUGAAAUCGACAAGAAAGAAGUGAUUGUAACGCCUAAAAGAAAGACAAGUAGCGUAAGAGUGUCGAAACGACCAUCGCCACGGAUUUACCAAAAGAUCCGUUCAAAGUCAGUUAGUUCUAAAGCGACGUCACCUAUGAAGAGGUUCUCGAGAUCUCAGCCAGGCUCUCGCUUAAGUAGUCCUCAGAAGAAGACAAAAUGUCCGGAUGCGCCGGAUACAGCCGGAGAGAGAAGAAGAGUCGAUAUACACGUAAGCCAAUCUGCAUUCAACGAUGAAACAGAUCCAUCCCAAGAAACGAGAGUAUCGAUAGAUGCCAGUGCGGAAAGCUCGCAGACAUAUUCAGGCGUGAACGAUCAAGAUCAAUCUGCAAGCAAACCAUAUCGGGUACGGACGCAAAUGAAGAGAUGGAUUCGAAUAAAGGACACGUCAGACACGUCGACAUCAUUCGCAAGCCCGCCACCGAUGAAACCUAAAUCAAUGUUCGAUGCUUUGACUAAUGUUACACCGAUCUUGGAGAUGUUGGAUGCCUCUAGGCCUGAGGAAUUGAGAAGAUUACGACAAGACAUCAGUCCGGUUUCCACACCGGAGACUCCUUCGCCACGUACAAUGAUGAUGCCAUCGAACAUUCCACACCGUGAUAGGAUUAGCAGAGUACUUAAAUAUAAUUCGAAUGAUUGUCAAACCAAUGACAGUGCUAUGUUUUCGUCGACACGACAAGAUCAAUCUACAUUAACGGAACCAUCGGAUAUUUACCAGCAAGAAUCUGCGACGUCGGAAUAUCUACCUAUUUCACAACGGCCAUCAGUAUCGUCUAAAGUCUGCAUAUGCAAAAAUCCCAAAUGCAAAUUGUUGCAUACGAAACUCGAUGAUAUUCAUGAUUAUGCCGCAAAGAAUUGUCCUGAAAUAUUGCAAAAGUACGAGGAUUUACAGAAUUUAUGCACGGAAAGAAUAGCAUCUCUAACUGAUCUCAUCGAAAAAGUACGAACUGAACAGAAAGGUAUGGAUUUUUCUCUAAUUGCUCCAAGCGACGAAACCAGCUUAAUGCAAUUAUCUUCACGAUUAAUGCGUGACGACGAACAAGCAGUGCGCAGACUGAUUGAGAGUAUAGAAGCAAUCCAUGCCCAGCUUGCAAAAACUCUCCUUGAAUCCCAAAGGUUUGUAGGGAGCGAAGCAGUCCCACAGGAUGGAUCUUCACGUGACGCGGAAGUCCAAGCGACCACUUCUACUCCCAGAAGUAAAUUAGUAGAUACAGUUACAGCACAUGUACAGAAAUCCGAAAUAGUAAAAGGCAAAGCUAAGCCAAAGAUUGUAAGUGAUGAAAGAGUUAAUAUACAGCUUAAUCGAUUUAAAAUGCAGCAAAAGCCUCAAGCAAUGCCUGCAACAAGAACGUCAGAACGUAAUUCUUGGCCGCCGUAUACACUUCCUCUUCGCGAAGAGGAGAUAAUAGAAAAAUUGUCGAAAGAGAUUUUGGAACAAAGCAAAAGCCUGGACAAAGCAAGCAGCGCCUUUGUAUCUUUAAAAGGAACUGAUGAAAUCUCUGCACAGCAUAAAAUGUCUCCUAAAGAUAUUAGUCUAAAAAAAAGCAUCUCAUUAGAACGCGAAACGGACAAUAAAGCUACAAAAGAAAUCGCUCCUAUUCAAGAGGUAACAAAAGAAAACGAUUUCAUUCCUAUGUUAACUGGCAUUCCCAAAACGCGCAACACUGUAACAUCGAUAGGUGCAAGGCCUAAACCUCCUAUUACAUUGCUAAAUGGAAUAUACAGGCCAGAAUUAGAAUCAGGGCAUGAGUUAUCAACGAUAGUGGAAUUUGAUACAACGGAUACAGUUAGUAAAAGCGUCAAGAGUCCGACAAAAUCUAAGCCGUCCGUGCAUGUGGCUCCAUUACCCGUGCAACAGAAUCAAAAUUCUUUGCCGAAAUUAAUAGAUCCGACAUCUAACAUAAAACGUUUUGACGAAAAGUAUUUUUCUACGCAAAGUUCACAGGAAACCACAACUAUCUGCAGUUCUCCUGAAAAGAUAAAAAAUAUGGCCGAUUGCCUCUCGGCAACAAAAACUGAAGCUGAGCGAGAGAGUACACUUGAAAAACACAACAAGCAAUUACAAUGUACACCGACACAUGCUACAACUACAGAAGAACCUAUUUCUCAAGCGAAAGAUAAACUCGAUUCUUCUAUAAGUACCGAUCUUAACAAUCUGCAUAAAGAUGGUAAAUACAAAACGACAUCUACCAGUUUGUAUAGUUUUUCCGGAUUGUCUGGCAUUUCCGAAAUAGCGAGUUCUCCAUCGUCAGAUGUUCUGAAGAAUGUUUCAUCUCCGGAAGAAAUGGAAACUGCUCUAAAAAAAUUAGGUCUGGGCUGGGCCGUCACGACAUUAAAGAAAACUCGAGAAGCAAGUGCUCUUAGUUCAUCUUCAAAUUCCGAUGUUACACCGGUAAAUACAGGUAGAAGAAUGAUUUCUCCCGGUAAGAAACAUGAUCCAAGCGCACUUCCUGAAAUCAGUGACGUAUCGUCGAUAUCGAUUAAAGAAGCUAGCAAGAGUACUGAGCAAGCUGUGCUCUUAAAAGGAAGGACUUCUACGCCUAAAUUUCAUAAUUCUAAUUCUAACAGUGACGGAUCCAGUACUAUACAUACAUCUGGGAGCAUUCAAGAUGCAAGUGAUAGUUUAACUGUACCUAAUGUGUCACUUACAAAAACAAAAUCUGAUAAUAAGCUAUUACAAAAUCCCUGACAUAAAGUGUUUUUUAUAUAUAAUUUUAUUAUUUACUUAUUACAGGUAUAUCAUAUGAUAUUUCUUAUAUUUGGGGUUUUACAGGGAAUUAGUUAUGAGAUACGAUAUUUUCAAUAUGGGACCAUUUUUGAAUGUUAAUAUAUAAAUGACUUUUAUCUUGUACAAUAACGAUUACAACGAAGAGUGUACUUAUACUUUUGCUACAAGUAUAAAUUAUAUAAAUAAGCGUAAGAUAAGGAGGACUACAUUCCUAAAUAACAUAAAAGUCUAUAAGAUGUGGAAUAAUUUGGAUAUCUUUAAAUUUGUUAUCUGGCUUGCACUAAACGAACAAGAUAAUGUAUUGCAAUCGAUAUUCUUAAUAUCUUAUGACUGGACAUAAGAAAAUUUGGAAAAAUUUCUUUUUUAUUUUGUAUUAUUUUACUUGAUAUGAAAUUGUUUGAAAUCAUAAAACUAAAAUACUUACUAGUUCUAUAUUAUGAUUGCAAAUGGAUGAAAUUGAAAAAUGUUGAAUUAUGACUAUCAUGUUCAGAUUAGCAAGAUGUACUCUAAUAAUUUGAAACAUGAGAUUAUCGAUUUAUUGUGUUAAGAGUAUGAAAUAAAGACUGAGAGCAAUAUUAAAUGCAUAUGGCUUGUAAGAAAUGUAUUAUUUGUAAAAUAAGAAAGCUAGAGAUAGACAUUUAAAAAAACAGAAGAUCUAUAUGAAGUAUGUGCCUACAAAUCUGCAUUCUGAUUUUAUAUAUAUAUACUUUGUAUUUUUUUUAAAUAUAUAUAUAUAUAUAUGAAUA